GUUGCCAUGAGGAAAGGUUAUGUUUGUUUAAUUUGAUUGGCUUACCGGUUGCAGGAACCAUACAAUUUGCCUCCUGAGAAGACGUAUCUCUUCAUGGAGCAAGGUCCCCCAACCGUAGCCAUUAUCAAACUAAACAUUGCCUUAUUAAAUUGCAUGAACAGUCGCCAUGCAUGGCAAACCAAGGCAACGUGGAGCAACCAUUACAUGGAAUGGUGGCUUUCAAAUUUAAAUGAACACAAUUCCAAAACAAUUUGCUUGCCACCAAAUUUCAACGUGGUCUUGGUUGGUCCAAUCGGUCUAGCCCAUAUUACC